AGCAGUCGUGCAUUCCCAGCCUCGCCUCGGGUGUAGGGAUUGCAAAGAAAACAAAACUACACUGUUUCGACUGUGUAGUUUUGUUUUUGAGAGCUAGAGGCUCAACCAUUCUCAUGUUGGGAUUGUUUAACAUCAUCCUCUGGAUAAGGACGUCGCUCCAGAAACAUCCGUUUGGGCUUAGCCCGCUCCACUUAGGCACUCCUGUGAAAUCAGAGUGCCUGUAAAAAUGACAAGCAAAGCGCCAACAUUUACGCAGCCGUUACAAAGUGUUGUGGCACUGGAGGGUAGUGCCGCAACCUUUGAGGCUCAUAUUAGUGGUUUCCCAGUUCCUGAGGUGAGCUGGUAUCGGGAUGGCCAGGUUAUUUCUGCUGCAACUCAGCCCGGUGUGCAGAUCUCAUUUAGCGAUGGCCGCGCUAAACUUGUGAUCCCCGCCGUGACCGCAGAUAUCAGUGGAAGAUAUACCCUACAAGCCACCAAUGGAUCUGGACAAGCCACAAGUACUGCAGAACUACUUGUCACUGCUGAAACAGCACCACCCAACUUUUCACAACGACUACAGAGCAUGACUACUCGACAAGGAAGUCAAGUUCGACUUGACGUGAGAGUGACUGGAAUCCCUACACCUGUGGUGAAGUUCUAUCGGGAUGGAGCAGAAAUUCAAAGCUCCCCCGAUUUUCAAAUUUUACAUGAAGGAGACCUCUACAGUUUAAUAAUUGCAGAAGCUUACCCUGAAGACUCUGGAACCUAUUCAGUAAAUGCCACUAAUAGCGUGGGACGAGCUACUUCAACAGCCGAACUGCUCAUUCAAGGCGAAGAUGAAGCUGUUCCUGCUAAAAAGACAAAGACGAUUGUUUCGACUGCUCAGAUUACACAAACACGAGAAACCCGAACUGAAAAGAAGAUUGAAGCCCACUUUGAUGCCAGAACACUUGCAACUGCUGAGAUGACUAUAGAAAGUGCCACUGGGCAGCAGCUGCCCCAUAAGGCACCCCCACGGAUGAUUCCUCACCCUGCUUCUAAAUCGCCUACUCCACCAAUCAUUGCAGCCAAAGUACAGAUGGCACGCCAGCAAUCACCAUCCCCAAUCAGACAGUCACCAUCUCCUGUACGCCAUGUGAGAGCUCCAACACCAUCUCCAGUCAGAUCGGUGUCUCCUGCUGGAGUUACAAGGCUUUCAGUCUCUACGUCACCUAUCAGACCUGUGAGAUCACCAAUCUUGGUCCGGAAAACACAGGCCACAGCAGCAAUGGGAGCUGAUGUGCUUCCUCCUUGGAAACAGGAAGGCUUCGUAGCUACUUCGGAAACCAGAAUGAAAGAUACCAGAGUAACUAUGAGCACCACCCAGAUGAGGACUGAAGAAAGAUGGGAAGGGAGAUACGGAGUGCAUGAACAGGUUGCAAUUUGCGGAGCUGCUGCAGCAGAGGCUACCCUUGCAAUUGGUGCUGCUGCUGCUGCUACAGAGGACGUUGACAAAACAACAGCUGUUGCUACCGUCGUUGCAGCUGUUGACAUGGCCAGAGAGAGAGAACCUCAUCCAAGUGCUGUAGAGCAGAUGGCUAAAAGGACAGCCAUGGCCGCAGUACACAUUCCGCCUGUCCAGGAGCAGGUUAAAAAAGAAGCUGCCAUAGUAAUUACUACUACUGCUGAAAAAGCCAGAGAGCAAGAAAUGAUAUCGAGAACUAGAGAAGCAGUUACUACAAAACAAGAACAAAUACAGAUCACUGAGGAAAAGAUAAGAAAAGAACCAGUGAAAGUUCCUGUGCCCAGGGUAAUAAUAGCUGCUGACACAAUUAAAGAACAAGAACUGAUUUCAAGAGCUAGAGAAGAAAUUCCUACAAGAAAGGAAGAAAUUCACAUUACUCAUGAAAAGAUAAGAAAAGAAGCAGUUAAAGUUCCUGUGCCCAAGGUAAUAAUUGCUCCUGAAUUACUUAAGCAACAAGAACAGAUUUCAAGAGCCAGAGAAGAAAUAUCAACCAGAAGGGAAGAAAUGCACAUCGCUCAUGAAAAGACAAGGAAAGAAGUUGUGAAGCCCGUGAAAUCUUCUGUACCUAAGGUAGUAAUUACAGCUGACAAACCCAAAGUACCUGCACCAGUAGUAAAAACUACAGAGAGAAUUGCUACCAAACAAGAAGCACAAGCCCACUUUAUCCAAGAAAAGGUAAGACAGGAGACUGAAAAAAUUGCCAUAGUUCCAAAAAUCAUUGAGGUUGAUAAACGCAAGAAACAAGAUAUAAUAUCAAGAACCAGAGAAGACAUUGCUGUCAAAAGAGAACAAAUCCAGCUAGUUCAUGAACAGAUUGAUGUUGACAAAAAAGCUGAAGCUGUAGCCACAGUUGUUUAUGCAGUUGACCAAGCACGCAUUAAAGAACCAAGAGAACCAGAUUAUGCCGAAGAAGCUUAUUCUGAACAGGCAGCUCUGGAAUAUGGAUACAAAGAACAUGCUUUAGCAAGACAUGUUGUUGAGGUACCACCAGAGCCACAAGUUGUCACCAAAGAGGUGAAAACUGAGGAGAUUCGAAUUCCUCCUAAAAUACAUGUUGCAGCUGCUGAAAUAAUGGAAACGGACAAAUCAACACAGAUUAAAAGGACUGCAGAAACAUCAUUUGAAAAAUCAAUCCAUGUGGAACACAUACGUCCCCGUACAGCAAGCCCUCAUUUUACAGUUUCCAAAAUUACUGUUCCUAAACCAGAUCAUACUUAUGAGGUUUCCAUAGCAGGCUCUGCUAUAGCUACUCUGGAAAAAGAGUUAGCAACAACUUCUGUUCCUAAGAUAACCAAAUCUGUGAAGCGUCCUGUUGCAAAGUCUCCUGAACCCAGAUUGAUGCCAGAGAAAGUCGCCUCUCCACAGUUCCCUUUUGUAGAGACACCUGCUGACACCUAUAAGAGGCUUUAUGGUGCUGAAAUAAAAAGAGAAAUAGGUGUGACGGUGACAGGUGGACUGGUGGAGGAACGCAAACAUGUUGAAUUAAUGCCAGAAGCUGAACCCAAGGUGAUCGAAGCUGCUAGAGUUCCAAAACCUACAGAAGUUCCCGCUACACCCCCAUAUAUAGUCUCAAUGCUGAAAAAUGUGACUGUUCUGGAGGGAGAAUCCGUCACCCUGGAGUGCCGCAUCUCUGCCUAUCCUGCUCCAACUGUUGCUUGGUACAGAGAAGACUACCACAUUGAAAGUUCCAUUGAUUUCCAAAUUACCUUUGAGGCAGGAGUUGCUCGCCUUGUGAUCCGAGAAGCUUUUGCAGAGGACAGUGGAAAAUUUACUUGCACAGCUUCCAAUGAGGCAGGAAGUGUUAGCACUUCAUGCUACCUCCUUGUACAAGUCUCAGAGGAGUUUGAGACCAAAGAAGCUGUUUCUGUAAAAGAGGACAUUGAAGAAAGACGCUAUGUAGAGUCCAAAGAUGUAAUAAUGGCAGAAAUUGCUGCAGCAGAAGAAGUACCUGGAGAAGCUGCAGCUCCAUUCUUUAUAAUGAAACCUGUUGUACAGAGGUUAAUUGAAGGUGGAAGUAUCAUUUUUGAGUGCCAGGUUGGGGGCAACCCAAAGCCGCAUGUUUACUGGAAGAAAGCUGGGCUUCCUGUCACUACAGGCUACAGAUACAAAAUCAUUCAUAAAAAAGAAACUGGGGAAUGCAGACUUGAAAUUUCUAUGACUUUUGCCGAUGAUGCUGGAGAAUAUACUAUUGUUGCUCGUAACAAACAUGGGGAAGUUUCUGCAUCAGCUUUCUUAUUAGAAGAAGCUGAUUAUGAGGUCUACCUAAAAUCUCAAGAAGAAACAAUGUAUCAAACUGAAGUAACUGCCUAUGUUCAAGAACCCAAAGUAGCUGUAGUUGCCCCACCCACUUUAUAUGCUGACUAUGAAAAAGAAUAUGAAAAAGAACAAGCUCUGAUUAGGAAGAAAAUGGCAAAAGAUACUGUAUUAAUCAGGACAUUUGCAGAGGAACAAGAGUUCCAUAUUUCUUCCUUUGAAGAAAGACUUAUGAAAGAAAUUGAGUACCGUAUUAUUAAGAUUACACUUGAAGAACUUCUUGAAGAAGAUGGAGAAGAGAUGGUAGUUGACAUUCCUGAAUCUGAAACCAUUGAAGCAGGAUUUGAUUUAAGACUAAAAAAUUACAGAAUCCUUGAAGGAAGUGGCGUGACCUUCCAUUGCAAGAUGAGUGGCUAUCCUUUGCCUAAGAUUGCAUGGUACAAGGAUGGCAAGCGUAUCAGGCAUGGAGACCAUUGCCACAUGGAGGUCAUGCCAGAUGGCAGAGCCAGUCUACGCUUUCCUGUUGUCUUGCCUGAAGAUGAAGGCAUUUAUACGGCCUUUGCCAGCAACGUCAAAGGAAAUGCCAUUUGCUCAGCCAAAUUAUACGUUGAGCCUGUUGGACCUACUGGGUCUCCAGGUUAUAUCCCAUCGCCUGAAAUGAUGAGAAGAUAUCGAUCUCUUUCUCCUCGAUCCCCAAGCCGUUCUCCUGCGCGUAGUUCACCUUCACGCUCUCCUGCACGCAGGCUGGAUGAGACAGAUGAAGGACAGCUGGAAAGAUUGUACAAGCCAGUAUUUGUGCUGAAGCCAACUUCAUUUAAAUGUGCAGAGGGACAGACAGCAAGAUUUGACCUCAAAGUUGUGGGUCGACCAAUGCCAGAGACAUACUGGUUUCACAACGGUCAGCAAGUUCUUAAUGAUUAUACCCACAAAAUUGUGAUUAAGGAAGAUGGCACACAGUCCAUGAUUAUUGUUCCAGCAAUGCCUUCUGAUUCAGGGGAAUGGGUUGUAAUUGCUCAAAACAGAGCAGGAAAAGCAUCCAUUUCAAUGACCUUGACAGUGGAAGCUAAGGAACAUUUGAUAAGACCGCUGUUCAUAGAAAAACUGAAGAAUACUAGUGUCAAGGAAGGAGAUAAACUGGAAAUGAAUGUGAAAGCCCAGGGAAACCCUAAUCCUGACAUUGUGUGGCUAAAGAACAGUGACAUCAUUGUACCUCAUAAAUAUCCCAAUAUAAAAAUUGAGGGAACAAAAGGCGAAGCUGCCUUGAAGAUUGAGUCCACUGUCAGACAUGAUGCUGCAUGGUAUACUGCUACUGCCAUUAAUAAAGCCGGACGUGACACUACACGAUGUAAAGUGAAUGUGGAAGUUGAGUUUGCUGAGCCCGGACCAGAAAGAAGGCUAAUCAUCCCCAGAGGGACAUACAGAGCGAAAGAAAUUGCAGCACCAGAAUUAGAACCUCUCCAUUUGCGAUAUGGUCAAGAACAAUGGGAGGAAGGAGACCUUUACGAUAAAGAAAAACAACAGAAGCCAUUUUUCAAGAAAAAGCUCACUUCCUUAAGGCUCAAACGCUUCGGGCCAGCCCAUUUUGACUGUAGACUCACACCUAUUGGUGAUCCAACCAUGAGAGUAGAGUGGCUACAUGAUGGCAAGCCUUUGGAGGCAGCCAACAGACUUCGGAUGAUUAAUGAAUUUGGAUAUUGCAGUCUUGACUAUGAUGUUUCCUAUCCUAGAGACAGUGGUGUGAUUACUUGCAGAGCUACGAAUAAAUACGGCACAGACCAUACGUCAGCAACUCUCAUCGUUAAAGACGAGAAAAGCCUGGUUGAAGAAUCUCAGCUGCCAGAAGGCAGGAAGGGACUUCAGCGCAUUGAAGAGUUAGAAAGAAUGGCACAUGAAGGGGCCAUUACUGGCAUUGUAGAAGAUCAAAAAGUGAAACAAAAGCCAGAAAUAGUUUUGUUUCCUGAACCUGCAAGAGUCCUUGAAGGUGAAAUUGCACGAUUCCGCUGUAGGGUGACUGGUUACCCACAACCCAAAGUCAAUUGGUACCUCAACGGACAACUUGUUCGUAAAAGUAAAAGAUUCAGACUUCGCUAUGAUGGAAUCUACUACCUGGACAUUGUUGACUGCAAAACAUACGAUACAGGUGAAGUGAAAAUAUCUGCAGAAAACCCUGAAGGUUCAGUUGAACAUUCAGUGAAGAUUGAAAUCCAACAGAGGGAAGAUUUUAGAUCAGUACUUCGUCGAGCACCUGAGUCUAGGCAUGAAGCUCCAACAACAGAGCCUGGCAAACUUUUGUUUGAAGUCCAAAAGAUUGACAAACCAGUUGAGGCAACUACCAAAGACGUGGUGAAACUCAAAAAGGCAGAAAAGGUCAGCCAUGAGAAAAUAUCUGAAGAAUCUGAAGAACUCCGCAGUAAAUUCAAGCGUAGAACUGAGGAGGGCUACUAUGAGGCUAUCACUGCUGUGGAGCUUAAGUCUCGUAAGAAGGAUGAAUCAUACGAAGAGUUGCUUAAGAAGACAAAAGAAGAACUUCUUCAUUGGACCAAGGAGUUAACAGAAGAAGAAAAGAAAGCCCUAGAAGCUGAGGGCAAAAUCACUAUUCCAACCAUCAAGCCAGAGAAAGUUCAACUUAGUCCAAGCAUGGAGGCUCCCAAGAUAUUUGAGCGCAUACAAAGCCAGACGAUUAGUGAAGGAAGGGAUGCCCAGUUCCGUGUUCGAGUGGUAGGCAAACCAGAUCCAGAAUGCCAGUGGUUCAAAAAUGGUGUGCAGAUUGAAAGGUCAGAUCGCAUCUAUUGGUACUGGCCAGAAGAUAACGUUUGUGAGUUGGUCAUCAGAGAUGUAACAGCAGAAGAUUCUGCCAGCAUAAUGGUGAAAGCUGUGAACGUAGCUGGUGAAACCUCCAGUCAUGCUUUCUUAUUAGUACAAGCCAAACAGCAUAUAACAUUCAUCCAGGAGUUACAAGAUGUCACUGCUAAGGAGAAAGAUUCAAUGGCAACCUUUGAAUGUGAAACGUCUGAGCCCUUUGUUAAAGUGCAAUGGUACAAGGAUGGGAUGGAGAUAUGUUCUGGAGACAAAUACCGAACACAUUCUGAUAGGAAGGGUCAUUUCCUUUCUAUACUAAUGAUCGACAAGUUUGAUGAAGACGACUACAGCUGUGCCCUUGUAGAAGAUGAAUCUGUAAAAACAACAGCUAAACUAAUUGUAGAAGGUGAGGAGAGAAACUGUUUUAACGUAUACUUUUUCUCAAUAUCUCUUUGUAUAGAAAUGAAACAUCAGCUGUGCUGUUCAAUGGGAGCUUUUCUAUGUAUCAUUCUGAGCUUCUCUGAAUAGCCAGUCAUUGUUGAA